AUGAAUAACAAAGAAACUUGGUAUUGGUUGUAGCAAAGUUGGGUGUGAGGAUUUGGGGAUUGACUUCAUUUUACCUAGGUAUAUAUAGCAGGAGCAGAAGUCCCGGUGCAGAGAACCAUGGCGCAGGUUCUAAGCCUCCGCCCGCGCCCGCCAAUCCCUUCCACAACUCAAAUCCCAAGCCACCAACCCGUUUCAACUCCGUUUAAACUUACCGGCCCGACUCAGCCAACUCGCAGCUGGACUUCUCUCCAACACAGUCUCAAGUGCAGAGGAAGGUUUUCUUGUCUAUUCUCUGACAAUGGCAAAAAGGAACAGGCUAGAAAAGCUUUAGAAAGUGCCCUAGGUGGAAAGAAAGUGGAGUUUGAGAAGUGGGACAAGGAAAUUAAAAAUAGAGAAGAAGCAGGUGGAGGAGGUAAUUCAGGAGGAGGUGGUUGGUUUGGAUGGGGAGGACGAUUUGGUGGAUCCAAUGGUGAUCAUUUCUGGCAGGAAGCACAGCAAGCAAGUCUUACAAUUUUGGGUAUCCUGGCCAUGUAUCUGAUAGUUGCAAAAGGGGAUGUAUUACUCGCCGUCAUUUUCAAUCCUUUGUUGUUUGCUUUGCGGGGAACGCGGACAGGGUUCACCUUUCUGACGUCAAAGAUAACGAAUAGGGUAUAUGGUCGUUAUCAUACCGAUGUUCCCACUAUUCCUCAGCAGGAAGUGACUGCCGGUGUUUCAGCCAAAGAGCGAGUUGUGGGGAAAUGGGGAAGCGAGUGACUGACUUAGUUCUAGGUGAAAUUUUUACCAUCUAAACAUAGAAACAUUGUUGCAUAUCGAUUUUGGUACAGUGUAGUGAGCAUCCUGACUUCAUAUUUAUAAAUGCUAGCUGAGCUUACUUUGUGGAAGAUCUUCAAUUAGUUGAGGGCGUUUGGUGUUCUCAUAUGAUUUAGCACAAAAUAUUGCCCUUCAUAUUUACCUCUUGUAUGCACAUGGUUUAUAUAAUCAAGGGCGGAUCCAUUGCCCCACAAUAAAUUUCAAAUA